UGGAACUUGACAAGACACGUCUUUCGACUUAGAUAUCAUUGAUAGCAGAGAACUUCGAUGAUCUGGCAAUCAGCGGACGUUAACCAGAAUUUGUGGACGCUGGGCGAGCAUGCCUCGUGAGGUGGAGAUUUCCAACAUCGAGCGAAAUUUCAUCCUUGAAGCCCUUGAACACAAUGUCCGCGUUGACGGCCGGUCUCCUGAUCAAUUCAGAAGUCUGGAUCUGGAGUUUGGAGACGAGUACGGCACUGUAACACUUCGACUGGGCAGGACAAGAGUUUUUGUACAGAUAUCUGCAGAAGUCACAAAGCCACUUGAAGAUCGCAAGUUCGAGGGAUUGUUCACUAUCACCACCGAAUUGAAUCCUAUCGCUUCUCCAGCAUAUGAAGUCGGAAGACAAACCGAGCAAGAAGUGAUCCUGUCGCGCAUGCUUGAAAAGGCUAUUCGGAGGUCUCGGGCCAUUGAUACGGAAUCACUAUGCAUCAUCGCAGGGGCCAAGUGCUGGUCGAUAAGGGCGGAUGUUCACGUCCUUGACGCAGAUGGCGGAUUGAUUGAUGCUUCAUGUAUCGCGGUUGUUGCGGCUUUACGACAUUUUCGAAGACCCGACGUUUCUGUUGAUGGUGAGAAUGUCACCAUCUAUACAAUGGCAGAACGAGUGCCGGUACCGUUGAGUAUCAUGCAUAACCCGGUCUGUAUUACAUUCAGCUUCUAUCACGGCGGCGACGUUCUUCUGCUGGACGCCACACGGAGUGAAGAGCAGUGCCGUGAAGCCGAAAUGGUUCUCACGGUCAAUGACUUUGAGCUAUGUCAAGUGGCUAAGCUGGGAGGAAGUCCAAUCGAUGCAGUCCUUCUUCUCAAAUGUAUCAACACGGCGCUAGGCAAGGGAAGGGAGAUCAAUGGCGUUAUGGCGCAGAAGUUAGCUGAGGACGCCACGAAGAGAGAUGUUGGGGGGUUGAUUGCAGAAUUGAGAGCCGAGAAUGAGCGUUGACCUAGGUGUACCUUUUCUCAUAGUUGCAGAAAUUCGGGACACGGUCGACUGGCAGGUCGGGCGGUUCAGCAAGAGGACACAUAAUGCAUCUCGCAAGGGGAAGCACAUCGUAGAACUCCGUUGACUUCCUGAUGGCUCCUGGGGCGACAUCCCACAUUAUGAU